UCUUUAUACAAGAGCUCCUUCACCCCCAAAUCUACAGACCUCACACAACAAUAGAAUCGCUUAACAAAAAUUUACAAAACGAUGGAGUGUGUUUUCGGUAUGGUCUGUGAUGGAUUCGUUCUAGUUGCCGCUGAUACAUCUGCAGUAAACAGUAUCUUGGUUCAUAAAUCUGAUGAAGACAAAAUCAUGGUUCUUGAUUCUCACAAACUCCUAGGAGCUAGUGGUGAAAGUGGUGAUAGAGUUCAAUUUACUGAAUACAUUCAAAAGAAUGUAUCUCUGUAUCAGUUUAGAAACGGGAUUCCGCUGACUACAGCAGCGACUGCUAAUUUUACUCGUGGGGAACUUGCUACUGCUUUGCGAAAGAAUCCAUACUCUGUAAACCUGCUUCUGGCUGGUUACGACAAGGAGACUGGACCAUCGCUUUACUACAUUGACUACAUUGCUAGCUGUCACAAGGUUGAGAAGGGUGCCUUUGGAUAUGGUGCUUAUUUCUCUCUCUCCAUGAUGGACAGACACUACCGCAGUGGGAUGUCUUUAGAGGAAGCUACUGAUUUGGCCGAAAAAUGCAUCGUUGAGAUUCGGUCCAGGUUGGUUGUGGCCCCACCAAACUUUGUAAUCAAAAUUGUUGACAAGGAUGGAGCUAGGGUGCACAAAUGGGUCGACUCCAUCAAGGACGAGGGCGCUGCGGCGGUGGCUGCAGCUCUUGCUGCUGCUUAAGUUCCUUAUGGAUUUGCUCAAAACUUGUUUAAUGCUUUUCUGUAACUGGGGUAAUCUGGAGAUUAUUUGUUAAAUUGGGACGGAAGGACAGAGCUUACGUAUAUGUUAUGUUUAGAAUUGUCGCAUACUUGCAAUUAUCUAUCUUAUACCCAUGGCAAAUUUAUGUAGGCAGGAAGGUUAUGGUCUAGAGCUCACUCUGUAGAGCUGGGAAAUUUUAGCCUUCGUCUGAGACUCUGAAGGCAGGCUUGUCUUCAUCCGCCUCUGUGUUCAGUGUGUGGGCAGAAUGCUACUCUUGCUCUAUAUUUACCGGUUUUUAGUUCAUCUUUAUCUUGUCAA